AUAUAUGUUAAUCCAAUUUAGAUCUGGAGAUGUUACAUUGUCUGCUAACUAAAUAACAGUGCGCCCCUAGGACUGCACAGCAGUGCAUCUUCAGGUGGCCUAUGGGGGCCCUGAGCAGCACAGACCCGCUUUGGGUCCUACUGAUGGCAUUUGACAGCUGAUUUACUGGAUGAAACAACCUAAUGAAGCUGCUGCUUCGUGCGUCAAUGGGGAAAGUAAUGUUUGUCUCUAAUAGGGCUGAAGUGAGGAAGAAAUGAUGUAUUUGAAAGCGUGAGAUGCCUGUGACACACACAUCUUCUACUGUCACUGUCACAGCAGGAUGUGUGAUCCACUCUGCUCUUGUCCGGCUGUCCACUGUCUUGCUGCUUUGCCCUACUCUGGUUUUAAGUUCAUUCCUCAGUGUUUUCCCUCCUUUGCAUAGGGCCGAUGGUUGCCUUAGUCGCUCUGCGGAAAUGGCAUCGUGAGAGUGAAAGCAGGCUUGCCUAGCGUAUUCAUAUCUACCGAUUGUCUCUUGGUUCUCCUGCUAAGGGUGUUGUAGAAGAUGUGAUUCGGCUCAAGAGGAAGUGUUUUCUGGGAUUCGUUUCCAUGGUAGAGAAAGCUCAGUGCACUGGGGAGCACUGGGUUUGAAGGGCCAUCUUUGACCCUUUAAAUGGGGAAAGAGGGUGCUAGUGCCACACACUCAUCAGGCUCUCUGCUCUUUGUAUCAAAGCAGAGGGUGAGGAGCUUUGGCCCUGGGUUGUGCACUGGUCCUGUAUGGGGAGGUGGUGCCCACUGGGAACCUACAGGCCCUGCUGCUCCAGGAGGCAGUCUGGGGAUGGACUGGACAUCAGCAUCGUCUUUCGGAGCCAGGUGGAGAGGAGCCUGUCUGCAGAGUGAAGAGAAGCAGCUGACACAGGAUGACGAUACCGAUGAGGUGGAAAUCGCCAUCGACAACACAGCCUUCAUGGAUGAAUUCUUCUCUGAGAUUGAGGAAACUCGGCUCAACAUUGACAAGAUCUCAGAGCAUGUGGAGGAGGCGAAGAAACUGUACAGUAUCAUUCUCUCUGCGCCCAUUCCAGAGCCCAAAACUAAGGAUGACCUGGAACAGCUCACCUCGGAGAUCAAGAAAAGGGCCAACAAUGUCAGGAACAAACUCAAGAGCAUGGAGAGGCACAUUGAAGAAGAUGAGGUCCGAUCGUCAGCUGACCUUCGGAUCCGGAAAUCCCAGCACUCUGUCCUCUCCCGGAAGUUUGUGGAGGUGAUGACCAAAUACAACGAGGCGCAGGUGGACUUCCGUGAACGCAGCAAAGGGCGAAUCCAGCGGCAGCUUGAAAUUACUGGCAAAAAGACUACAGAUGAGGAGCUGGAGGAGAUGCUGGAGAGUGGCAAUCCUGCCAUCUUUACUUCAGGGAUCAUCGACUCCCAGAUUUCCAAACAAGCCCUCAGUGAGAUUGAGGGUCGGCAUAAGGACAUCGUGAGGCUGGAGAGCAGCAUCAAGGAGCUGCAUGACAUGUUCAUGGACAUCGCCAUGCUGGUGGAGAACCAGGGGGCCAUGAUUGAUCGUAUUGAGAACAACAUGGACCAGUCAGUGGGCUUCGUGGAGCGGGCUGUCGCAGAUACCAAAAAGGCAGUCAAGUAUCAGAGUGAAGCUCGGAGGAAGAAGAUCAUGAUCAUGAUCUGCUGUGUGAUCCUUGCGAUCAUCCUGGCAUCCACCAUUGGGGGCAUAUUCGCCUAGAAAGUGAAAGAAGCAUGGUUCCAUCUGAAAGUAAACAGGGAAUCGGAGACUUCAAGAAAGUAUCAACACUGGAUACAUAACAUUAUGUUUCAAGUUACGGAAGUUACUUUCUCCUCCCAACAUCUAUGUUCAACUACUAAGUUAUUAAUACCUUUUUUUGGUCUACAAGUCAGUAUGUACUUCCAGAGAACACAUCAUUUAACAAUUAUGUGUAGAAGAUAAUGCCAUCUAAUGUCCAGUACCCUUCAAGAUUUUUAGUACAUUAAAAAGAAUGAUACGUUACAUUUACAGAAUUGUGACUUCCUUAAAUGUUUACGUUAAAUAAACAUACUUUUCACAAAUGGUUAGGUGACUUAAAUAAAAAGACCAAAUCCGAGGUCAAUGAGCUCUGGCUGAGAGGACCAUGGGCCACAUUCCAGAGUGUGUGCAGUAGCUGGCAACAGGGCACCCAGCCCAUUCGACACCCGCUCCUUAAGAACAAGGAGUUUAUGGCUUCUCCUUGACACCGCUCGGCAACACCUUGCGCCUCCCGUACGCACAUGCAGCAAUCCCGACCCUCUGGGACGAUGAGGCGGAAGUUCGUAUCCAGCCUGGGAUAGGGCUGUAGGUUCUGCCACUGCACUCUACACACUAUGCCUUGACACAGUUCUGCAAGGGAGGUCGGGGAAAGCAUGGCUGUGCCUCAUCACGAUCGUGGCGGGGUCUCACCUUCGAAAGUCGGCACCGGAAGCAGCGUCUUCAGGCCGGCGCGGGUAGCAAGCGCAGGCCCCGAACCUGCAAAGACGAGACUAGUUAAGUGAGAAGAUGACGAGUCACCCUGGGCCUCGGGAACCCUCUCCUGGCGUCCGCCGCCCGCCAGCUUUUCGGGAAGCCGCCCAGACCCCUGAACCCGGAGCCAAUAAGGCAGGGGAAGAAAACGGGGAGAAGGCCUCCAGAGGACCCGAAGGACUGCCCACCUGACAGACGCGCCCGCAGGAGCGGCGCACAGGUGCGCGCCAGCAGCUGCCACAUGCUCGCGCGUCCUGGUUCCCCUCUGCGGUGAGGAGCGACGCUUGAAAGCCAGUGUGGAAACCAAUGCUGACGCCACAGGGCCGGGUCGCGAGCCGGAAGUUGUGCUCACGCUGGUCCGUUCCUCAGAGAGUCCCAGCGGAAGCGGAAGAAAUCGGAGCCUGGGAUCUUGGUUCCGGAGCGGGUGUGUCCGGGUCACGUCCAGGUGUGGCGUCCGCUGUACCAUCUACGGCUGUUUUGCUGUCGGUUUACAACACUGCGUAGGCGUGGGGUUUGCCCAGCUCGCCAGUGCUUUACUCACGGCAUCGCGUGCCAAAAGCGCCACGGAUUUGCUGUUGGUGUCCGGCGUUCCCCGAGGAUCCGCCCGCAGGGGUUCGCAGCGCCUCCCGGGCUGUCACCCCGGGGACCCCGUGCGCGCCCUGGGCAGGCCGAGAAAGCACCGUCGUCCUGGGCAGAGGCGGGCGGAUCCUAAACCCGGCCCGGGGAAGAGCUAACCGGGCAGAGUGUGUCUUUCGGUCCCUCCUCAGUGAACCAGUGAAGGUCUGUUGGGAAGGCCCCUUACUUAAUCGUUAAGUGAAGGGUACUCGUGUGCGUGUGCGUGUCUGAUGCGGUGUUACAUCGAUGUCAAAGUGAGAACACACACGUGUGUGUAGGUGCGUGAGCAUGGGCGCGCAUGUGUUUUACAUAUUAAAUAAUCCUCACGCGGGGGCCUCUUAUCUCCCUUGGGUUCUGCCGGGUGGGAGGGGAGCUGGCUUUCCUGGUCACUGUGACUUUUCAGAGUCCCCCUAGCUUUUCCCUCGUUUGUCUUUCUCAUCACCCUAACUGUGUCUACCUGUGAAGGCAGACCCUGCUUUUAAUAAGUUCCUGUAUUGAUCUUAAUAAGCUCAAUGAAGCUUUUAUCCUCCCUUCCCCUACCUGCAGGAUCCUCUGCCCCUACCCAAGCAAAUAAUGUGUAAUUAUAAUUUGAGGAGAACGAUGGAUAAGUAAUUUUCAAGAGCCUGAGGCUUUUUAGUAAUUAGAAUGAGAGAGGAUCUUUAUCCAGGCUUCUGGGCCCCAAGUGGGAUCAGCAAAUGAGUGAGGUCUGUUAGGCUUAAGUCUUUCACAAAUGGCAAUGUCAAAAACUGUGAAAGACUGGCAAGGGCUCUGGGAGAAUGCUGUUCAUAAUUUCAUUCACCUGCUCCCUGAAUAGGCUCCCAAAGAGGUAGUGAAAGCUGUCUCAGCUACUCUAAGGACUUCAUUUUAACUUGGUUACCUCUGUAAGUGCUUGGCAGAAAGUCACCAGCAGGCUGGGGCCUGGUGGCUGGGUGGCUGAAAAUGCACUUUCCCUCCUUCGCUGUUUACAUCACUAGUGAUAGAUAAGAGCCUCACAAGUUUGGGCUUUCAAACUUUAGCUUAAAGGGAUGUAACAUCCUCUAAGUGGGUUAAUGAGGCCCAGAGAUAAUAAAGUCCAGUCAAUGGGUGAGAGAUUAGCAACACCUCAAGGGCUCAGACUACAGGAUGACAGCCACCUAAAAAUAAACAGGGACCUACUUUCCCUGAAGUAGGUAAACAGCGCAUUUUAUUUCUAAGAGAACAAUGACCUCAGGGGAAGGAAAGGAUAUUCAUUGAAAGGCCCAGUUAAUCAUCCAGAUAUAACCUAGGACCUCAUUCAGUGCAGGUCAUUUCAGCACUCUGCCACCUUCAUGCUUGAAGGUCAUUGUCUCUUUCUGAAAAUCUAUCCUUUCCCCAAUAAUCUCUGCAUAUACCCUAUAUCCGUGAUGGAAACUCUGAAGAGACUGGGGACUCCCACUGCAACCCCAAACUCACUUAUUUAUCACAAGGUGCCAACACUGCAACUAAAUACAGAGGUUUGAGUUUAGGUAAAAUAAUUCAUACGUGAACAUCUUUUGUCUUAAAAACAGUAGCAGAUGUGCCGAAGGUUUGGCCACCACUGCUCUGUAAAAUGUAGUCUUGUCUGAAACCUUUCGUCAAAGACACAGAAUAAAAGUGUGUGGUCAGUUCCUUGCUGUGUUACCCAGCUUGCAGGUAACAGAUGGACCCUGUCUUCAAAUAAGGUCCCCUUCUGAGAGAUCAGGGUUAGAACCCCAACAUGCAGAGGAAAUACAGUUCAGACUACAGCAGGUAAGUCAGAAAUGGUGAGAUCGGGGCAGGGAGAUCUUUCUUUAUUGUUAAAAACCUAAAGUGAGGAACUAGAGAUUCCCUUUUUCCAUUGGAUUGCAAUGACUGUCUCCUGGAGCAGGACUGAGCUAAAGGAGGGGAAUAGCUUUGUCUUUGGGUGGAAUUCAGAGCUGUAAAUAUCACACAGUAUUGGACAUUUUAGGCAUCGAAAUGUGAAUGUGUCCUGAGUCUAGAAGUGACAAAACAGGUUUAAGAGUUAUUUUUAAAUUAAAGCUAAAUGAGGAAAUGUACAACAUAAAACAAAAACCCAACUACAACAAAACCAGUCUCACUGAGUUGAUUGGAUGACAGUAAACUAAAGUUUACUUCUCAUGGCAUUCUGAUGUCCAUUUAUGUAAUUCAAAUACUGGUUAUAGGUUAGAUUUCAUAUAGUUUAACGAUGACUAAUAAAAUACUUUUCGCUAGGUGUGGUGGUACACACCUAUAAUCCCAGCACUCUGGUGGCUGAGUCAGGAGGGUACAGUGAAUUCAAGGCCAUCCUGGGCUACUUGUGAGUUCAAUGCCAGUUUAAACUACAUAGUGAGUCCUAGUCUCAAAAAACAAAAGAAAAUCAAUUCUUUGAUUUCAUUUAUUUUUGCCUUUGUUUCUGCAUUUGCUAUCUGCUUGCUUGUAUACUUUGCCUAUUUUAAAUUGCAUUGUCCAUUUUUCUUAUGAAUUCAAAACUGCUUGUGUAUUAAGUUUAUUAACUCCUGUCUGGUUAUAUAUGUUCCAAUCUUUUUCAGUAUAUGUUACUAUUUUUUUUUUUUUUUUGUCUUUUUGAGAAUGCAGUUCAGGCUGGCCUUGAGCUGACUCCCAGGCUGGUCUCGAACUUACAACAAUCCUCCUGCCUCAGCCUCCCAAGUGCUGGGAUUACAGGUGUGUGCCCCUGUGUUUGGCUCUCUUACUAUUUUGUUGAGAUAUGGCCAUUGAUAAUUUUUCUUAAGUAAAACCUGCCAGAAAUUUUGUUUUUUUUUUCUGAGAAGCUUUGCUAGGAUUAUGGAUUUUAGUCUAUUGACACGUAAUAAUCAUAUAUAUUUAUGGAAAAACAUGAUGUUUUGAUGCAUAACUGUAUAAUGACAUUGACUUGUACAAUAGCACCUGUUUGGGCCAGAGGUAGAGAUCUAACAUAAUUAUUCGAGUUGAAAAUUCUCAUAUAACAUGUAACUUUAUAAUGUGCUAAAUUCUCACAUAGUUUUUUACAUCCCUCUUGCCAUUUUAUUCCAUUUCCAUACCAAACAUUGGUGCUGCACUGUUUAAAUUAUCAUCUGCUUACUACACAUUUUUACAUGUGUUUGGGCAAAUUUUUCAUUAUUUUUAAAAUUUUUCAUUUUUGUACUCUGCUUUCUAAAGAACACUUGUCAUGCUUGUUCUUUAAAAUAAAACUUAGAAUCACUUUGUUAAUUUUUAUACUCUGUUUUAAUUUUCUUGGCUAGAGUUCUUGUGCCUAUAACUUCAGAGCCACACUGAGUGGGACUCAGGCUUAGGCUGUGGUGAAUGAUGGGUCCUCAGUGAGAAGGGCUGGGGGUGGUGUCGACUGCGUCCUCAGAAGUGUUUUCUCCACUCACACACUAAGCACAGGUCCUUCAUGGUCGUGGUUUUAGGGCACAUUGCAUACAACUCAGGAAUGGGGUGAAGAUACCAGCUGGCACUCCUCCCUCCUUCCUUGGAUGAACACCGCUUCUGAAAUUCAGGCUUUACCAUCCCUGGCCGGCAGAGGGCACAAAAGUGCUUUUCAUCGUCCCUGAAACCUGCACCAAAUGUGUGCUUGACCUGGUGGAGAGGAGCACAACUCAGGGAAAGGAUUGAGGGGCGCUGUCACAGGUCGAUCCAUUUUUUGUGAAACCCUGUAUGUGUGAGUGAGCAUGGUGUUAUCUGAAAUGUGCAUCUCCAAGAAUGCAACGCUUAAAACUUACAAACUAAGAGUUUUAGAGGAGAUUCUAGGCCAAACUUCCACAGGACCUUUCAGUUGGCUGGAGACGCCCAGUCCCAUGAGCGCUCACUGGCGAGCACGGAACACCUUAUGAAAGCUUUCUGGAGCCCAGAUCCCCCCACUCCCGCAUCGUAUCUGUAGAUUACUUUUUCCAACUGGAACUGAAAUAAUUACAUGUAUUGUUAUUCAUGGAACCUUGCUAACUGGUGGAGAUUUACUGAGCUCAGCGGCAUAAGCACCUGCCUUGCAAGCAGGCGGUCGUGAGUUCGAUCCCUGGUACCGAUAAAAAGACAAAAAAGAGAAAAAAAGAGAAAGCGAAAAGUGGUCCUUGCUUGUGGGGGCACAUGAAAGUGUGAGUAGAGACCAUAAAAUAAGAUGAGCACAGGAAUGGUUAGGUUCCUGUCUGCAGACGUGCUUCUGGUCUUGGUUUUGGUUUAGUAUUUUUAAGACUCCUUUGUCACCCGUUUAAAAAAACUCAGCUAUGUUGAUAAAAUCCCAUUGACUGUUUGCUCUUAGAUAUUUUGCUGGGAGCUACAUGACCCAAAGAUAAGGAUCGGGAAUAGGAGAAACAAGAGGAUCACAGCUUUAAAAAAUCCUUAAACUGCAUAAUCACCCCAAAUGCAUAAGGACAGAGUAGACAUCCUCUACUCAGAUAAUGACAAAUAGAAACAAAGUAGAAAGUAUGUUGGAAUCAUAGAAAAAGUUAGACAUGUCUUGGAAAAACAGAUGUAUCAUAAAUUCAUGUGAUUUCCUGCUUCAGGGUACUCACAGGUAAAUUUAUUUUGCAUUAUUUUCUCACUCUUUCAUCACUUAAUGGCAGUCACCUUUAUUUUAAUAGCGCAUACACAAAUAUAUAUUUUAAGGCACUUUCUUAAAGCGGAACUGCUACUUGUUAUACAAGUUUCAGUAUCAACAUUUCUCUGCCAAACCUUUGCCAGUAAAGAUGAGCACACACACACACACACAUGCACACAGGACUUUUUGAAUUUUUAUUCAUGGCUUAUUGAUUUAUUUUUAAUUUUUAUUUUUAAGAGAAUAAAGCUAAACAAAUCAAUACUACAGAAUAAAGUCAACCAAAGCAAAAUAGUGAAAGCAAUACAGGACUUCAAAACAAGGAAGUCAACAAUGGCUACCAUAAUGCCUUUGGUAUCUUCAAAACAGCUGCUUAUGCCACCAGACAUAAUAAAACCAAACCAAAUAGAACAGAAUAAAAACCAAGCACAAGAAAACAAUGAAAAUGAUACAGGACAUCAAAAGAAAAUAACAGGAAAUUAAUAAUGGUUACCACCUUCCCUUUUUAGAGGUUUCUUCUUCCCCUCCACUUUUACAAUAUCUAUUGUGCAUUUUGGAUCCCACUAAUUCCUUCAGUUUUUUGUACUAGGGGGAAAACAUGAUGUUCGCUCAUGUGAGACUGAGUCAUUUCACCUCAAGUUUCAUUCAUUUACCUAUGAGAGCUUCAUGAUUUUUCUUCUUUACAGUUGAGUGGCUUUCCAUUGUAUAAAAAUGCUGUGUCUUUCUUAUCCAUUCUGUGGAUGAUGGGCAAGCUACCACUGCUUUUUUCUGGUUCCCUGUCACAUGGAGCAGUGUUUUAUCUUCUUUGACUUUCAGUAUAUGAAUUUUCUUUUGAGUUAAAUGUAUACAGCAUAUUGUAUACAGCAUAUUGAUGGAUCUUGUUUCUUGAUCUACUUUCCAUGUAUUUCUUUUUUUUUUUUUUUUUGGUAAAUUGAGGCCAUCUACAUUAAUGCUUAUGGCCAAUUUGCACUGGCUCAUUUCUGACAUGCUUUUUUCUUGCCUUUCGCUUCCUACUUUUCCCCUCCAUUCCUUGUCUGCCCUGCUCAGUGAUCCCACUCUGUUGCUGUUCCUGGGACUAGGAUCAUCCUUAUUUCUCCCUAGAAUGUCCUUCAGUACUCUUUGUAGGGCUGGUUGGGUGGUCAUGAAUUCCUUCAGUUGUUCUUUGUCAUGGAAUAUCUUGUUUCUCCAUUAAUUUUGAAAGAUAGUUUUGCAGGAUACAUAAAUCUGGGUUGGAAGUUUUUUCUUUCAGGACUUGAAACACUUCACUCCAAGCUCUUCUUGACAUGAUGGUUGUGUUGACAGUAUAGAUGAUCUGUUUCUUUUCUCUAACAGCCUUUAGUAUCUUGUUCUUGUGUUGAAUUUCUGGGAUCUUACUUUUAUUUAAAUUUAUUUUGAUUAUGGAUUUAGAUUUAUUUUGGUUUAGAUUAUUAUUUAGAUUUAUUUUGGUUAUGACUAGUUGGAGUUCGGUAUGCCUCGCUAAUCAGUAUGUCGUGUCAUUUUCUCAUGCUUGGAAAGUUAUCUGCUAUUACUUCUGUAAAUAGUCUCUUUAUGUCAUUUGUGUUGAGUCUUGCUUUUUCACUGACAUCUAUUAUUAUUCAUUUAUUUUUCUAUGUGUCAUCUUGUAGGCAUUGAAUGUUACUUCCUGGUUCCUCGAUUUUUUAAGAGACCUUUCUUUUGCAGUCACUAGCUGCCAUCCUGUCUUCAAGGUCUGAAAGUCUUUCUUCAGGUUUUUUUUUUUUUGUUGUUGUUUUUUGUGCUGGGGAUUGAACUCACGACCUCACGCUUGCAAGGCAGGCACUUAUGCAGCUGAGCUAAAUCCCUGGCCCCUUUCUUUAGUUUCUUUCAAGUGGUUUUGCCAGCUUUCAAUGGUGUUUUUAAUUUCCUGGAUACCUCUUUAGUCUGUUUCAUGCUUUCCAAUUCUUGUGCAUAUUGUUCAUUCAAGGUUUCCCUCUUCUUUAUGUUCCUUUUGAAAAAAAUCUAUGUCUUUUAUUAUAUUUAUUAUAUUUGUCAUUUCUCCUGAGACAUUGUUUCUCAUCUGAUUUCUUUUACAGCCUCAUGAAGUAGUUUCUUUACUUCAGUUGCCAUCAUCCCAAUUUCAGCUGUGUGGCUUUGGCUUUCUUCCGUGUCCAUGUCUCCUGGGCUUGUUCUGUGUGGUCUGGAGCCAGAGAUUGCCGUUUGCUCCUUCAUCUUGACAUUUUCCUGGGUUCCUCCAGAUAAGUGGGUUAUAAUGUCUCAGGCACUUCUCAUGUUGACUACCUGUCCACAGUGUAGGGGGAUGGGUCAGGCACUUGGGUUUCUCUUAACCCAGGUUCCCCUGGAGGCAGUGGAGUACAGAAUGGGCUUCUCCAUACACUCAAAGUUUCUUCAAGGCUUGGCUUGCUUGUUCUCCUGGCUUAUGUUGGCUACCCAGGGAGAGUCCUGAUGGACUGUGUGCACGUGUGGGGUCCAAGCUGGCUGCUUUUCCCUGCCCUGUUGGCUGGCUACCUAUGGAAGAGUCCAGAUUGGUUGCCCAGCCUAUUGUUAAACAAACAAAAAGUCAUCUUUGCUUAACAUUUUUCUCAGUUUCCAACUCCUCAACAACCACACUGUGUGUUGGAUGAAUAAUAGUUAGAAAGCAGUGAAGGAAAUGAGCACAGGUACUGAGAAGGGUCCCACACACAGGUCUUCACUGUGUGGUCUGUUUCUCUCACAAGCUGUGUAUCAUGUACAUCUUUUUUGUGUCACAGUCUUUUCUUUUCAGGGUGAAUUUAGUAACCUGCAGGGACCCAUCACAGGGCUGCACCAGAGUUCACGUCUGUUGCCCCAUUGCUGGGCACAGAAAUGGCUUGUGCUUUCCGGGUGACCACACUGUGCUAUGCCAAGGGGAGAGCACUUUAUUCACCUUCCCGAGGGGUCUCUCCAUUACCCUGACAGUCCUAGGCUCCUUCUGGCCUGUAGGAUGAGGACGUGGGCCUGUGUGGCUCAUACCUGUUCCUCUCGGGAGCAGACUGGUAGAGAACAGGCGAUUGCUCCAUAAUGCCUGAGCAGGUGGCCGAUGGUGAGAAGGUCAGUCUGAUUAGUGCAGGGCUCCUUGUCAGCAGUGGUGUCUGCACACAGGAGCCUGUUCCCGGACAGUCGCAGUGGGCAGUUUAAUCUUCACACAUCUGUGUCCUCCUGGGAUCAUUCUCUCUGUGUAUAUGUCAAGAUCAUUAUGGACAUCCAAAACGUACCCACCAACCUAACUAUGUAUAUAUAUAAAAAUUGGGGUUUUUCUGGUUUCAAGUUAAGUCCAGUUGUCGUUAAGUAUUGUUUCUGGGAUCUCCAGGGAUUCAAAAAUCUGAGGAUGAUCAUGGCAUAGCAUUUGGAGAGAACCUAUACAUACCCCUCUGUAUACAUCAAUAUAUCUCUAGGUGACCUGCUUAAUAAAGUAUAAAUACUGUGUGAGUGGUUGUUAUACUGUAUUGUGUUAUUUAGACAAUAAGUCAUUAAAAAAUCUAUGUGUUCAUUACGUUCAUUACAGAUUUGGCUUCUUUUAUUUUAAAGAGAUUAAAAGAAAUCAAAGCUAAACUAAGACAGAAGAGUAGAAACAAUAUAGGAUUUUGAAACAAGCCAAUAGGAAAUUAACAGUAGUAACUAUAUUGCAUAUUGUUAUCUUCAAAAUAGUUGUUCAGGUUACAAGAAAAGGCCUGACAAACAGAACAAAUAGUAUAAGUAAUCACAGUUUCUUUCCUUGAACUAAUAGUAUCAAUACGACAAUUAUCUUAGCUAUACAGAUUUAGUUUUUUAAAAAAUACUUCCCAUCUGUAGUUGGCACGAUUUGUGGAUAUAGGGCUAGUGAUUAUGGAAGCCAGUUGUUUUUUUUUUUUUCCCAUUUUCUUUUUUGUCUUUUUUGGUACCAGGGAUUGAAGUCACGACUGCCUGCUUGCAAGGCAGGCUCUUUGCGGCUGAGCUAAAUCUCCAGCCCCUAAGCCAAUUGUUUCUUUUAGGCCUUUGGUUACACAUUUUCAUCUUCCUCUCUAAGAAGUUUGUAGCAAGUCUGAGUCCUACCACAGAUUACAGUUAUAAUUAUGUUUCAAAGCUUAAAUAUUUUUCAAAGGCCUGUAUCUAACCCUUAGGGCACACUACUUAAAACUUUGUAUUAUAUAUAAAAUCUACAUCAGAUUUACAUGUAAAUAUAUUGAAGUUAUAUAAAAUAUACUUAAACAAAUGCUACUCAGAGUAAAUACUAGAAAUGGAAGAAGAAAGAGCAUCAUUUAGGAGUUCUGAACCAUCUGAGAAAUAUCAUAUGAAAUAACUUUGGCCAUUUGAUGUAUAUUAGUUUGUGUGAAUGUAUGUUUCGAUUAAGUGAUUUCAAAAGGGGCAUUUAUUAUAAGACACACAGACAGGAGAUUUAAAAGAUACGUUAUUUCAUUUGUAGAAAUAGGGAGUGGAUUGUUGAAUUGAUAAAAGUUGGAAUGAUCUCCAAAAAUAUCGCCGGGCCACUCCUCCCCAGCAACCUAGAGCAGGGUGUUACCUUUCUUCUGACACCCCAAUAGCAAGCUCUUUGUGUCACUGAAAACUCUAAAAGGUUCGCCAUUGCUGCCUUAGUGUUGAAUGAUGAAAGACAGUCAUUGCACUCAGAAGCUGGGGGUUUUAUUUUCAUGAGUCACGUGUUGGGGCAUCAUUUAUUCUAUACAGGGGUUUCUAUGUUUUAACUAGGAAUAAGGGAGUGUCGUAGAUAUCCACUGUUUUUCCCAUAUUUGAAAUAAAGUGGAAAUCUUCACCCACUUCCUUCUCAGUAGUGGGUGAAGUUGGCUGUGAUGUGCUCAUGGUCGAAGGGUAUGUAGUCAGCAACCCCUAGAAAGAAGCAGAGCGGAACCUGAGGUGACUAUGGUGCAGAUCCGACACCAAAGCGCCUGCCCAUUAAAUGCCAGAAGAGUUAAAUCACCUGGAGAGAAAGGAGCUGUGUAGUUAGUCUGGAAUAAACAUAUAAGUGGGAUUUAAAACAUUCAUGUUUCCUGUCUGUUACCACUGAUACAUUGUGACAACUUGAGAAAUUCAGAAGUUUAACUGAGAGACUGAGCAGGGAGCCUGGAUCCUUACUUUGUAAAUAUCCUCAUCCUGUGCAAAAGGAAGGCACAGAGAUUUUGUGAGUGAUACACUCUCCUGGGCGGGAUGUGUGUGUGCCUGUGUAUAACAGAAGGGAGGAAAAGAGGCUUGCUCUUUCCUCUUUGGUUCUGGCUGCUGCCUUGAAGUGUUGCCCCAGUGCCAUGUCUCCCUAACUUGCAAUCAGCUUGUUAUGGACUGAAAUCUCAACAAACUGUGAGCUAAAUAAACCUUUCCUUUCUUCAUUUUGUGUGUCAUGUAUUUUGUCCCAGCAAUGAGAGAAAAGUAACCAAGACAGAAUUUGGUACCAGUGGAGUUGGGUCAUUUCUGUUACUAUAUUUUACUAUGUGGUUCAAUAGCCUUUGUAAAUGGCUUUUGGGAAGAGUUUGGAGUGUUUUUGAGAUGUCUCCUGAAACAGUAGCCCUGAAAUGCCUUAGGUUGUUCUGUAAGGGGAUUCUGGACAGAGCUCAGAAGACUAGAAGGCUGAUAGAAAUCCUGACAGUAAAGACCAGGCUUGGGAGGUUUCUUCUGGAAAGGACUACAUUGGUUAUUGGAAUCCAGAUGAUGUGUGUUAUGGCUUGGCAGAAGAGACUUUGUCUGAGACUAAGAUUAAGGAUGGUGGACUAAUUAAUGCGACAGAAAAAAUUUCAAGGCAGUUGAAUGUUGAAGCUGUGGCAUGGCUAGUGUUGGAAUCUUUUAGCCAGAUUUAUGUUGCAAAUCAAGAUCAAAGAGCCCAGUGGGAUGAUUUAAAACAUUGUGAAUUUGGUCAGAAGAGAAGCUCCAGUAAAACUGUGAAUUGCAAAGAUAGAGCUGAGGAAAUCUUGAAUUUUGAAAAAGAACUGGAAAACAGGAAUGUUGAAAAAUAUGGCCUUUAAGUACAUGAAAAGCAGCAAAUCUGAAACCUUUGCAGCAUCAAAACUUCAAAAAUGAAAGACUUUGCUUUGAGGCAAAAGUCACAGAGCAUAAUAUUCCAGUAUGGUGGUAGCAGAGAAUCUUUCUCAGAAUUGGAUUCAGAGCACCAAGCCAUGCAGGCACUUGACACCUACAGACAAAAGAGAGGAGACCCUGGCUACUGCUCCAGCUGGCAGCAGAUCUCAGCAUCAUCCAUGGGGUGCUGGUUUUAGGUGCACACAGAAUGCAAGAGUUCUGAGGUUAAAAGGCUACCACCCAAAUUUCAGAAGGCCUGGGAGGCCAGGCAGUAUCUGAAGCUGUGACUGUGAAGCCAAAGGUUCAAUAGAAAACUCAGAAGGUUGGAAAAGCCAAGAAUGUGACUCACCUAAAGAAAGCUGCAAAGACAGAGCAAAGUGGGUCUAAGAGAGAAGCUGUGGGAGCUACAACCACCAGAAGUAUCAUGGGGGUGGAACCACACAAGCCCUUUGGAGCUUACAGUUUGCCAAAGAUUUCUUCACAUGCUGGAUGUGUGACUACAGGACUUAAUAUUUGCCCUGCUGGAUUUUGGAAAUUCUUUUGUCUCAAUCCUUUGUACCCUCCUGUUUGUAUCUUUUGGAAUGAAAAUGUUUAUCUUGUGCCAUUUCAUGUUGGAAGUGUUUAACUUUGUUUUCAUUUGUACAGGGGCUUGUAGCUAAGGUUAGCCUUACAUCUCAGAGGAGACUUGGGACUUAAAACUUUUAAACAAUGCUGAAACUGGCAGGACUUUGGCAACUUUUGCAGAUGAACUAAAUUCCUUUUGCAUAAAGGAAUAUGCAUGAGUCUUUGGGGGUCACGGACAAAAUGUUAUGGUUCUAAUAUAGUAUAAUGUUGAUAGACUUAAUGCUGGUUCUUGAGGAUUGUUAAACUGUGUUAUAAUGUUCAAGUUGAAAAAUGUUAAGAAUAAGCAUGCCUUUGUAUCUGAAGGCUGGUUUAAAGAAAUGUGUCUGCUUUCCAAGUUGACAAGGGGUGUUGUUACAGUUGAUAAUAUUGUGUUAACUUGAGAAGUUUAGAAGUUUAACUGAAACACUUAGCAGGGAGCUAGAUCCUUACUUUGUGAAUAUCCUCAUCUUGUGCAAGAACAGGGCACAGAGAUUUUGUGAGUGCUAAACUUGCCCUGAAAGGAGAGGGUGGCUUGUGUGUAAUAUAAGGGAGGAGAAGAUACUUUUUCUCCCUCCUUUUUCUGGCUGCUACCUUGAAGUGUACCCCUGUGCCAUGCCACCCUGUCUUAGAGCCAGCUGAUUAUGGACUGAAACCUUUACAGACUGUGAGCUUAAUAAACUUUUCCUUCCUUCACUUUGGGUGCUGAGUAUUUUGUCCCAGCAAUGAGAGAAAAGUAACCAAAUCACUGUCUCUAUCUCACCACUUAGUGGAGAUCUUUCAGCAUGCCUCUUGAGAUGUGCCAGCCUCUCUUUCCCUCAAAUUGGGUCUUAAUUAUUGUUCUUUUUGCUGAGAUAAAAUACUCGAUACUUAAAGUUAAAGGAGGAAAGGUUUAUUUUGCUCACAUUUUGUGGAGGUUUCAGUCCAUAGUCAGUUGGCUCCAAGGCAGGGUUGGCAUCAAGGAGGACAAAUAGUUCAAGGCAGAACAAAAACAUCAAAUGGAAGCAAAGGAACAGGGACAAGCACCUUCUGUCCCUUAUAUCCUUUCCAGGCUACCUGUUCCCGGAGUAUCACUCAUACCCUUAAUCCUGACAUUGUACUUUGACUCAAUACCAACCUUACAUCCUUGAUCUGGCAGAACUGAGCCAAACCAUCAGCAGACUGAUUUAGUAAUCAUACAUCCUAGAUCCAGCCAUCUCUGAAAAGCCCCACCUAUGACUGCAUGAGGCUUUGAGGGGACAUCUAAAUAUAAGCACAACAUUUAGGAAUUUCAUAAUAAUAUUUUUUCUGAAGACCUGUCUUCAGGAGCAGAGAUAAUGACUUUCAGGUGCAUAGUACUGUACUCAAUAGGUAAUAGUUGUGAAAUAUAUUAUUUUAAAAAUGGCUUAUGUAGGCCAAAAUUACAGCAUUCAAAAUUGUAUCUCACAUUAAUUUUUGAAGAUUUUGUGAGAAAUAAGGAAGGACAGUGGGUUGACAAUUUUUGUUUCCCAGGACAGGAAAGAUAUGUGUUGACAGCAUCCAUUAUUUUUCACAUAAUUCAGGCAACAGAAAAAUUGAUAAUUUUAGGGUACAUAGUGACCUGUAAGCCAAUCUGAACUACAUAGUGAGAUCCUGUCUCAAAACAAAUGUAAGCCUAAUUUAAAUUCCCAGGGCAAUUUCUUGAGAAAGGUAGUAGAAAAAUGAAGCUAAUAUAAAUAAUAAACAUUUUAACACAUUCUAUGCAAAAGACACUUUAAUAAAUUAAAAAACAUUAGUCCUAAUCCUCACAAUAACUCAGGAAAUGGUUAUUGUUAUUUCUGCUUUAUAAAGGUAAAGACUGUGGCCCUGGAACAAUGGAUUACUUGAAUAUGUAGUUUGUAAAUAAAAAAGGAGCUUCAAAUUU